CCCCCCCCCCCCCCGCCCCAGACCCACAACUCCCAAAGCAUCCAAGCCUCCUGCUUGUGCGAAAGGGAAAGUGGUUUUUCCUCCUUCCCCCUGCGGUGCCUACCGCGGCUUCCCGGCAGCUCCCCUCUCCAGGGGCCCUGCUCCCUCCCCCACCCCGGGAGAUUGGGGGGCCGGCUGCCUGGCCAGGAUGUGCCCCCCAAGGGGGAGGCUUUCCUGUGACUUGGGGGAGUGGAGUUGAUUUGCUUUGUUUCCCUCCCCCCCCCCCUCCCCUGCCCAGAGAGGACUCCAGGAAUAGCUUCCCUUCCCAUCACGCCAGAAUAGGUCUACACGGGCGAGCGAAAUCGCAUCAAUCUGGACUGGUUUGGGAUCAGAAAGGGGCCCAACAAGAGUUCCUGUUCCCCCGGAGCUGGAGAUGAUCCCGCGGGAGGGACCCCGGUGAGCCGGAGGACUCAGCGGGGUGGGCGGGGGGGGGAGGAGAAUCCGGCCUGGGCAGCGCCAUGGUCCCGCUGUGUUGGCCCUGCGUGCGCUGCUGCCCGGACCCCCCGGCCGCCAUGAGCCGGCCCCCCGCCCCGCGGCCCCCCGGCCCGUCCUACCGCUACCGGAGCUUCUGCGGGGACUUCGAGCGGGUGGAGACGGCGCUGGAGCGGCUGGAGGCCAGCGGCUUCUACUGGGGCAGCCUGUCGGGGGCGGAGGCCAAGCGGCUGCUGAGCCCCCACCCGCCGGGGGCUUUCCUGGUCCGCGACUCCUCCGACCACCGGCACCUCUUCACCCUCAGCCUCCGCACCGGGGCCGGCAUCACCAACCUGCGCAUCCAGCAGCGGGGGGCCGCCUUCCACCUGGAGACCCAGCCGGGGGCCCCCGGCCCGCCCGCCUUCGCCUGCGUGGUGCAGCUGGUAGAGCACUACCUGGGGCGGGCCGGGCACCCGGGGGCCCCCUGCUACCUGGAGGCCCGGGGCAGCCGCCCCGAGCCCCUGGCCCUGGCCCGCCCGCUGCGCUGCAAGGUGGCCUCGCUGCAGGAGCUGUGCCGGCGGGCCGUGCGGGCCAGCGUGCGGGCAGGGACGGGGGGCCCCGAUCUGGAGGGGCUGCCCGUGCCCCGGGCCCUGCGCAACUCCCUGCGCUGCUAGGGGGCCGCGCCCCAGGCCCUACCGAACUGUCGGCCCAGCGGGAGGGGAGGGGAGCGAGGGGGGACUCCCCCCCCCCGACGCUCAUGGGAGGCGGUGGGGGGGUCCAGGGAGCCUCCCGUAACAGAUGGGGGAGGGGAGGAAACCCCAGAGCAGGACCCCCUCUGGGACACCCCCGCUAUUUCCAGCGCAGCGGGAGGAAGACCAGGGAAGGGGUCUGUACCCCACACCCUGUGAAAAACCCAGCACCACAGGGUUGGGAGAGACCGGAGGGGGGGGGCAGACUGGCAUCAGCCCCCUGGCAGCUCCGGCGUGUGGGAGAGACGGGACUGGAGGGGGAGAAAGGCCUGGAGUGGAUGGGGCUCUUUGGGCCAGGGCUGCGAUCCAGGAUAAGAACUGGGAGGGGGACACAGGAAUUGGUGGGGACUGGAAGCCAGGACUCCUGGGUUCUCUCUCCAACUCUGGGGAGCGGGAUCUAGCGAUUGGAGGGAGGGGACUAGGAGCCAGGACUCCUGGGUUCUCUCUCCAACUCUGGGGAGCGGGAUCUAGCGAUUGGAGGGAGGGGACUAGGAGCCAGGACUCCUGGGUUCUCUCCCCAGCUCUGGGGAGGGCAUGGGGUCUACAUCCCACCUAUAGCCAGAGGAGCCAGAGCGGACCGUGGCCCCGUGUUGGGGCUCCCACCUCAUCCCCCGGAGGGCGUCCCGCCAACCUCACGGACCUCGUCUUCCCCCCAGGAGCGCUUGUGGCCCCGUCACUACCAGCCGGGCUGGGCCGUGGGCUUGUACCGCUGCAUCGGGACAGAAUAAACCUCGGUCUGCUGCA